GAGCGCGUAAACGCGCGCUCGCGCCCACUUCGUCGCGGACAAAAUGGAAGGUCCUGGGGUCUGUUUGGCUGCGGGCGGCGGAGCGCAGCGUCGUUAUUAACUUACUGUCUGUUAUUCGCACGAUGGAAGAAAAUGUAGACCAGCAACAAAUGCUGGUGACAGACGCCUCCACCCAAGGGGCAUCCAAGACCUGGGGCUUCCGGAGAAGCACAAUCGCCAGGCGUGAAUUCAUGGAGGAAAUCGGAAGCUUGGAUGCUAGCUCCGUGACUUCCCGCCGGAGCACGCGGUCGGGCAGGGGGAAAGGACGUGGGCGAGGUCGGGGUAAACAAGUCUGCGACACCUCGACUACCCCAGCCCCUAAACGAGUGCGAGGGGGCAGGAAAGCAGGCCUGGUGGACUUAGCUCAGGCACUCUCUCCAAACCCAGUGGGUGCAGGUGUCCCCUCAGCGCUCGGAGCUGCUGACUGCAUCGAGGCAGAGGUCAAGCCACAGGGUGGGGACGAUACUCUUCCCCAGCUGGCCACUUCCGACGCAGAGGCCCCCGUGUCUGACCAGGCUGAGGACAGCGAUGAGCUCACCCUCCGAGAGCUUCAGGAGCGGGCAAGGAAACAACGUGGGCUGGAGGAGGUUGACGGUGGAGCUGCAGCCCGUGCGGACACUGUAAACUCUGUGAAAGAGGACACAGAGGAGAAGCCUGAGCAAAACCACCAGCUCCGGUCGGAGGAGAACCUUGUGUCUGAGGAGCAGACACCCCGGAAGGACCAGAUGGCUGCCGUGCCCUCGCACCACGCUCAAGGAGCCGCGCUGAGGAGCGGCCAGGGCACCGUUGGAGGCAGUAGGAGUGAGAACCAGGUUGCACAGGAGGAGAAGCAGGAGAAGGAAACAAAAGAGGUUUUAGAUGAUGAUAACGGAGAGGAAGACCCAAAUGCUCUUUACUGUAUUUGUCGACAGAGGCAUAAUAACAGGUUUAUGAUCUGUUGUGACCGUUGCCAGGAGUGGUUCCAUGGCGACUGUGUCGGAAUCACGUCGGCUCGCGGUCGUCUUCUGGAGGAGAAUGGAGAGGACUACAUCUGCCCCUCCUGUUCUCCCUGUCAAAGUCCGGCAGAUGCCAUGAAGCAGCCUGCGUUUCCCAGUGUGGCUGCAAGCCCCUCGUCAGAAAGCCUACCCCCAGGAUUGGCCGCUGGGGACCGACUCUGCCAGGACGAGGGCAUCAAGGGCAAGAUCAGGAAAACCAGCCAUCACAGCACUAAGAGGAAAAUCAAGAUUUUCCAAUCGGUGGAGAUCGUAGCGGCCAUGUCGGAGGACGAGAAGCGCAGGCCACCUCCGCAGGAGGAGGGUCUGAUUGGCAAGAGUGCCGCUAUCCCAAAGUGCAUCGGUCCAGGCUGCGCUAACCACGCCUUGCCGGAGUCCGUCUACUGCGGCCACCAGUGCAUCAUUCGACACGCGGCCAUGACGAUGCAGUCCCUCUCUGAGCCCAGAGCGCAGCCCGAGGUCCAGGCCACUAAACCCGCUGCCCCCAAACCUCUUCCCAAGAUCCAGAAGUCCUUUCUCGAAAAACUCUUCAGGAGGAAACCAGUGGUGAAACCAGCUCAGGAAGAUGAUGCUGGUGGUGGUGGUGGUGAUGAUCGGAGCGAGGAGUCUGCAGGGACUGUGGAGAAGGCGGAGCCCAUCACAUCUCCCUUGUCCAGUGACCCCGGUCGCCAGGCAACGGGGGCGGAGCCGUCUUCGGCAAUCACUUCAUCAGUAUUUUACCAAUCCACACCCGUAAAAGAGGAAGAUGCAGAGAGCAAAGCAGAUAUGCAGCAGGUUUCUUGUGAGAGCCAGCCUCCCGAUCUAUCAGUGCCAUCAGAGGAUUCUGCCACACAAAAAAACGCUGAGAAAACGGUCAUCACGGCGCCGCCUCCUAGGAAACCGGGGUCCAAUCCUCUCCCCAGCCGGGCUAAGAAAACCAUGCCUGGGUCUCCGCGCUUGGCCAGCCUCCGGCAACUCAUCGAGGCACCACAGGUCAGCAAGAACAUCGUCGCUGUCCUCAAGAAGCCAGACCAGUCCAAGCCAGUCCCCACCGCACCGGAAGAGCCUGGCCCUGCCCCGGAGCUCCGAGUCCUGCCUGUCACCCCUGCCCCUGUCCCUCCUUCCAGACCUCUUCAGGUUCAUCCCAACAUGCAGAUGAGGCAAAACAUCAGGCGCUCUCUCACCGACACCCUGUUGAAAAGGGCGAACGAGAGUGAUGAUUUGGAUCUGGUUGAGAACGAUGCUGAAAGAUUGGCAGUAAACAUUGAGCGAGAGAUGUUCAACUUGUACUACACUACGGACAACAAGUACAAGAAUAAGUAUAGAUCUCUCCUGUUGAGCCUGAAAGACCCCAAAAACAAGGGUCUUUUUUUCCGAGUUAUGAAAGGUCAGAUCACUCCAUUUAAACUAACCCGAAUGAGUCAUCAGGAGCUUCAGUCCCUUCAGGAAAUUUCUGACAGACCUCUGCCGCUGAAGGAAGGAUCGCCCCCUGCUGGUGAAAAUGUAGAAGAAUUGUUUCUUGGGUGUGAGGACAGGGCAGUUGAAACGGAGAGCAUUACCCCUUCAGGAGAAGAGAAAGUGUGUCUGUCUCAAGUCAGGCAUGGUCAAACCAGGAAAGUCAAUACCGCUGUGCCAGAUAUCAUUAGCAGCGUACUUCAAGACACGACAUCAGAGCACAGAGCCCAUCUGUUUGACCUCAAAUGCAGAAUAUGCACUGGUCAGAUUUCUGCUGACGAGGACCCUGAACCUAAAAAGUUCAAGAAGGAGGAGACAAAAGACGAAAACGAUGAGCAGACACCAUGUGUGGUGCGCACGCUCAGUAAACCCGGCGCGGUGACGUCCCCAGGAGAGGAGUCCUUCAUCAUGGAGUCUCCUGCCUCACCUGUGGCAGAAGAACCCGGAGCAGACACUGCAUCUACAGACUAUUCUCCACUUGUGAUCCCAGCUGUUUCCAUUGUGUCCAUCACAAGAAGGGAUCCACGCACAGCCCCCCGAUCUGCACCUCCUCCAUUUGAUGCCCUGACUCCUGCCCCCGCUCAGAUUCUCGCAGCCCAGAACCUGCCCCCAAUGCCUACUGAGAAGGAGACUGUGAAGGAGACGAGGGCAGCUGAGACCCUGCCUCUUGCCCCUCCACCACCGAUGCCCAAAUCCAUUCUGAUGAAACCCUCAUCAGGAGUUGCGAAGUUUUACCACACGUCUACCUCAGUCACAAGCUCUCAUACCCCAGCGGACACUGAGACAUGCCAAUUUCUUUCCAGCCAGUAUAUAUUAUGGAAGGGCUUUCUCAACAUGCAAAAUGUGACCAAGUUUGUUACAAAGGGGUACUUAAUCUCAGGAUCUGCUGAACUUCUAAAGAAGGAUUUGCCAGAUACCAUCCAUGUUGGUGGUCGAAUCUUACCACAAACAGUUUGGGAAUACAUUGAGAGAGUAAAGACAUCUGUAACAAAGGAGCUGUCUUUGAUUCGCUUUCAUCCAGCAACUGAUGAAGAAGAGGUUGCAUAUGUGUCUCUGUUCUCUUAUUUCAACAGUCGCAAGCGAUUUGGAGUAGUUUCGAAUAUUUGCAACAAUAUCAAAGACCUUUAUCUCAUUCCUCUGUGUGCAAAAGAGUCCAUCCCCUCUGUACUGCUGCCACUGGAGGGUCCAGGACUUGAACAGAAUCGUCCCAAUCUUCUAAUUGGGCUGGCCAUUUGUCAGAAACUAAAGCGUCUCGGGACACUACCACCAGAAAUCGAUGAGAAAAGACAGAGAAUCCAAUUGGACACUCAAGUGGUGACCCCACUCAUUAAACCUGCAGUUCUUGACAUUAAACAAGAUGAGAGUGAACCUUAUGAUCCAUAUGUGCCAAUCAGCAGUACUCCUCCUGGGUCUCCACCAGCUUCAUCCUCGUGCCCUUCAAACCCUCUGUCCAGACCAGCCCCAACUGCACUUUCAAAUAUUCUUUCUGUGGUCAACCUUCCAGCCACCAACAGUGCAGCCAUGACCAAGGCCCCCUCUUCUUCAGCACCUUCAGACGCUUGCACGUCUUCCAGCACCACACCUCUUCAGACAAUUCUUAAUACACUGUUUGGUAAGAAGAAACAAGGGUCUGAUGUCAAAGUGAAUGCCUGUGAGCAAAGUUCUUUAGCAGUCCCUCCCACUAUUGACCCGAUUGUCCAGCAGUACCAGCAGACUCCAAAGAGGCAGUCAUAGAGAAAGGUGGACUUGUAUGAUAACGAUAGACCUUACGACCCGGAGGAAGAAGAGUAUGUUUCCAUCUACAGCAUAUCAGAAUGUCAGCCCUCAAUCCCAGCUGAAAUGUCCAAGCCUUUAAACACUUUAACUGCUGCUGUUAUUGAAGAUGACCGACCGUAUGACCCAGAAGAAGAAUACAAUUUGACAAGUAAAACUGAUGCUUUGAACUCAUUUAAUGCUAUGAAAUCGUCUGAGAUUGAACCGUCAGCAGACACCACUGCAAAGAAGGACGACAUAGCUUAUGAUCCAGAGGACGAGACAGUCUUUGAGGAGAUGCACACUUUCCUUUCAGAUAACAAGUCCUCCAUGUCUGGACAUGGAAUGGCUUCCACGGUGUCCUUGUCCGAGCAGCAAAAAAUGCUGGAGGAGUUGAACAGGCAGAUAGAGGAACAGAAGCGUCAGCUAGAGGAGCAGGAGGAGGCGUUGCGCUUACAGAGGGCAGCAGUUGGUGUUUCUAUGGCUCAUUUUUCUGUCUCUGAUGCUCUUAUGUCACCACCACCAUGGUUUGGCAGGGAACCUGAGGAAGCAACAGAGAAAACUCUGGCUGUUCCAGCAGUUAAUCCUAAUAGAGAUCCAAGACAGAUCAGGAACUUAAGACAGGAUGCUGUUAGUGACAAUUUGGCAACCAUUCAUAAUGACAAAGAAAAGACUGAAAAUUGGGAGAGUUUUAGGAGAAAGCAAGCAUUGACCCUAACAACCUUUUUGGCACCUUCAAACACUUCUGUAGUACAAAAUAUGUCCCCCACUGAACAAGUUUUGGCCUUGGACUCAAUACCCAUUUUAAAGCAAGAUUCAGAUAUGUCAUUAGUUACUAAAAUGAAUGCAGCUGACAAAAGCUCCACCAGUAAUGAUAAAACAGGGUUGUGUUCUGACCCAAAAGCCAGUAUGCAUUUGAAUGCAUCCAAAUUGCAAGAAGGUACCUAUUCACCAUGUGUUAAUGAGAAGAGUCAUAUCUCUGAAUCGCCUUCAAAGGUUUCAGGUAAAACACGACAAAGUCGUACAUCCACGUUGGAUAUUCGCAGCUCAACAAAAAAGAGAUCGAGACAUGAUCGAAGGUUACACCAUAAAGAAAGGGCAAGCCAUGCCUCUAAAGAUGAAGCAGACGCAUACCGAAGGAGACGCAGACAUUCUCCUGAGUGUUCUACCAGGCGUAGUCACAGCCACAGAAAAGACAGAGUGUCAAGGCAGAGAGAUCGGCGUCACCACGGAGGCCCCUCAUCAAGACACAGGCAUAGGAGAGACAGGCACUCAACAAGAUCACACUCAACUCGCAGUGGGAAAUCUGCUCAGCUUGAGAGUGACCAGUCCCAUCAAAGACCCCGGUCACCAUCAGGGCAGAGCACUGAGCUGGCACAGAAUGACACUGAACAGGCACAAAGUACGAGUCUGUCAACAUCUAGGGCACCUCAAAUUCAGGGUGGUCAAUCACACAAUGACCUUUCUAAGGAUCGGGAAGAAGAAGCAACAGAAAAGCAGAAUAAUAACUCUACAAAAUCUGAAACGGAACAGUCCUGUGAUAGCGCGCGGCCUUUUUCUGAUGUGCCUGGUGAUCAGUUUCAGCAAAGAGAACAACUACCAUCAGGCCCAAAUUCAAAGCAGAGAGGUAAGCUGUCACAGCCUGAUACCGAGCCAUUCUGUCAUGAAAAAUUACAUCGUGACAAUGAGAAAACCUCUGAGGUCAGUCUAUUGUGUAGGGAUGAUUUUAUAGUGGAUACAUCACAUCGGUUCCAUCACAGAAAUCGGCCACAGUCCAUCACAGAACACCCCGUGUUGCAGGAAUGUAAGGAGAACCAGAUUCAUAGUAUUCAAGAUCAGCAUUGUAGCCAGAGAGGUAAUGUUCUACAUAAUGAUUUCAGUCAUCACACAGAUGAGCAGGUACUUUGCUCACAACAGGCACAAAUAGGCCAAUCAUCAUGGUACAAGUCUGAUCAUACAAGCCACCUACCUCCUAGUACAAAGACAGUCCAAAUGCAGAGGGAAGGUUUCCCAGAGUCUAACACACGUUAUUCCAGAAACCAGUCAAUAUCUGGACUUCCUAGAAUGCACAGGGGUCGUGUUUCAGAUAGUGAGGCUGACCCAGGCUUUAACAGGGAUCUGCCAUCAUCGCAAAGGCCUGAUUUUGUGCAAGAUGAAGGCAGCCAAUCCACACAGCGAAGCCAUCCACAAAAGCCACCACAAAUGCCGAGAAGAGAUUUUACAGUGGAUGAGGAUGACCAGUGCCAUCCUAAGAGGCAGCCAUAUGAGGAUGAAAGGGAAUUCCCAUUGUCUGAGCCUGACAUGUUGCAUUGUAGUUUGGAGAAAUAUUCACGCAAUUUUCCUUUGGAAGAGAAAGAGCCUCAGCUUAAUUUCCAAAACAAUCCACCCCAGAUGCCACCCCAAAAGCAGAGAGGUAGUUUUUUAAAGGAUGAAACUGGCAAGUUUCAUCAUCGGCCAUAUCUAUCAGAAGGGGCUCACUCAGUGGAGCAAGAUGUAUCACAGAGAGAAUAUGAUAUUCCCAGUGACUUACAUUCUAGAAACCAGUUUAGACCAAGAGCAACUAAUGAUCAGUGGAGAGGACCUAGAGGGCCUCAUUCUAUCAUCGCGCCAAGAGGCCCUACACCCAUGCAACUCAAGGGACCCAGAAUUCCUCACCCCGAAAGGUUUGAAAGCUGUGAACCUGUUCAAAACGUUGGUCCAAGGGGUCCAUAUCCCAGACAAAGGAUAUUUGAUGAGGCUGGUCCUUCUCCAAAUGUUGGACCAAGAGGUCCAUCCUCAGGACCUGGAAUGUCCGAGGGCCCUGGGCCUCAAACUUUUGGACCAAGAGGCUUGAGCCCAAACUCUGGAAUGUUUGAGGAAGCUUUACCUCAAUACUCUGGACCUAAGGGCCAAUUCCCAGGACCUGAAGCAUGUGAGGCUUCUCAAAACUUUGGACCCAGGGGCUCAUCGCCUGGUUCUGGAAUGUUUGAAAACUUUGGGCCAUCUCCAAGGCAGUGUCACCCUCGGCAUGUUAUGAAUAAACUCCGUGGUCCACACCAGUCAAGGCAUGAAGCUAUCAGUUUGCAGUCACAUUCCUCUGUGCCAAGAGGACCUUUUCAAUUUCAGGAGUCAUCUUACCGACAUUUUGAAAACAGAGAAUCUCAAUUAUCACAUUUUAAUGUCCCAAGGGACUUCACUACACUUCAUGAAUUUGUUGAACACUAUGACUCUCAUCUACCAGAAUUUUAUAGCCCCGAAGGACAUGAUACACCACAAGAGUUGGAUGUUAAGCUUUUUGACAGAAGUGAGUCUCAGCUAUCAAAUUUUAACAGUUCAAGAGACUGUGGGCUUCCAUUUGAAGAGGCUGAAACUGAUAACAGCAACUUUUUACAGGAAUGUACUUAUAUACCAAGAAAGCGUGCUCCACCUCGGUAUCCUGAUGAAUCACGACGUCAUCCCCAGAAUUUUGCCAGUGAAGGUUUCCCAAAUCCUCAAGGACCCAGGCGUCACAGGGACCGGACCCCUCCUCAUGUGCGAAGGUGGAAUCAAGCCCACCCAAGGAACCCUAGACAUGUCAGCCCUCCUCAGGACCAGCUGGAAUGUCCUACAUUUCCAGAAAUGGAAUCUGAACUGAGGGGACCACACUGUUUUAAUGAGGUUGGAGAACGAGGAAUACACAGGGAAAUGGGUGGGCCACGUUUUUCAAGGCCUAAUAUCUUUGAAAGUGGCAGAGGCUGUGAAAGGGAUGCUCAGAUGAAAGGUCCUCGGUUUAACCCACCUUUUAGGGGUCACAGGGCUCCAUCUCCUCAAUUUAAUGCUCAGAGAAUGCCUGCCCCGCAUAAUAGACAGUUGCUUCAGGAUGAGCCAUAUUCACCCCAAUUUUCAGGCAAGAUGGCCCCAACCUCCACACAGAUACAAAGACCUAAAGCAAGUGAGCUUCAAAACAUAGUACAGCCAGGGUUCCGAUCUGAUGGCCCGACAAAAGAACCAAAUAUUCGCCCGUUGCGGCUGUCAGGCCCCUUGCUCCCAACGCCCCCUGGUGGUCCAAUUAGAUUGAACCACCCUAGGAUGCAGAGGCCUCAUCCUUACAAAGACCAUAACUGGCCACAGGGGCCCCCUACCAGAGGACAAAUAAAUGAACUUUGUAAUACAAGAGUGAAGCCUGGCUGCUUUGAUGAUGAUUCCACCCAUCAGCAAAGAGAAACCUCUCAGAGUCUCAUUCUGGAGAGACAGGGAGAAGAGUCUGGAGAAAGAGGGGGAGGAAGUAGUCAGGACAGUAGUCCUGGAAAACCUGGAAAGCCAUGGCGAAGGAGGGUGAGGAGGAGAGAGGGAAGAAGUAAAGCUGCAAGGAGGCAAAAACUUAGAGAUUGUGGUGAUAAAAGAGAUAACAGGGAAAGUGUUGGUGUAUCAGAUGGAGAAAGGACCAGAGAUACCAAUCCAAAUAUGCAUUGAUUGCAGAAGGAUUAGUGCAUGUGGCCAUGACUCCAUGCCAAGUGGAAACAACAGGAAUAGUUCAGAAGUCACAGAAUGAUCAAGGAGCCAAGAUUCUGGUCAAAUUAGAUGGCUAGACCAUGGAACGGAAAAAACGGCAGGCACAGAAAUGAAAUGGAUGAAAGGGAGAAAGAACACAGAGUGACAAGUUUCAAAUGAAUAUGUGCAAGCAAGAUCACGUUUUUCAAUAAAUUCAUUAAUGAAAUAUUUGCAGUACAUUUAAUACUGUAGUUCCUGUAAUGGUUAAUUUUUUAAGAAAAAAAAAACCUUUUGAACAAGCUUUUUCAUAUCAGACUAAAGAUUUAGUGCAGUUGUGCUGCUGUGCAAGGUUUACGUAUAAUUUGUUUUUAUGUUUUCAUGGUAAAGCCUUUUUUUGUGUGUUGCAGAGACCUUCAAAUGUGAGCAUUUUCUUUGGGGGGGAGAAACACUAGAUUGCUCUUGAAAAAUUAUUUUAGAUGUACUAUACACCACAAAGACAAAUGAUGUUCUCAAGAGUUGUAAAUACUGAUGUACAUUUGUGUUUAUAUGUUUUAUAAACAUCUCUACAGAUGCAGUGCAACCUGUAGUGUUACUAAUAUCAAAUGAAGGAACAUGUCUACUAGAGAUUAUUUGAUUAAAGA